AUUGGCUUCAUCUGCCAUUCCUUCUUAUACUCUUUCUUGUACUUACUUUCCUCCUCUCUCCAUACUCUUUUCCUCCUGUCCCUUUCACCCCUCCUCCCCUACCCCGCCUCUCUUUCUCACUCCGAUUUACCUCCGAUACAUAUACCGCCACCAUGCCUAUGCUGAAAGAUCCCUCCAAAAAAUACAAACCCUAUAAACCCCUCCAGCUCCCCAACCGUCAAUGGCCCGAUAAGGUGAUCGAUAAGGCCCCGCGGUGGCUGGCCACCGACCUUCGAGAUGGGAAUCAGAGUCUGCCGGAUCCGAUGGACGGUGAGCAAAAAUGGCGCUUCUUCAAGAAGCUCGUCGAGAUUGGCUACAAAGAGAUCGAGGUCUCCUUCCCCUCCGCCUCCCAAAUCGACUUUGACUUCACCCGCCGUCUGGUCGAGACCCCCGGCGUUGUCCCCGACGAUGUCUGGCUCCAGGUCCUGUCGCCCUGCCGUGAGGAUCUGAUCCGCCGCACCGUCGACUCCCUCAAGGGCGCCAAGAAGGCCAUCCUGCACAUCUACCUGGCCACCAGCUCGUGCUUCCGUCGCAUUGUCUUCAACAUGGACAAGCAGCAGAGUCUGGAGAUGGCCGUCCGCUGCACCAAGUAUGCCCGCUCAAUCACCAAGGACGACCCCGCCAUGGCCGGCACCGAGUGGCACUUCGAAUUCUCCCCCGAGACCUUCUCCGACACCGAGCCCGCGUUCGCCGCUGAGGUCUGCGAGGCCGUCAAGGCCGCCUGGGAGCCCACCGUCGAGGCCCCCCUGAUCUUCAACCUGCCCGCCACCGUCGAGAUGGCCACCCCCAACGUCUUCGCCGACCAGAUUGAGUACUUCUGCCGCCACGUCUCUGACCGCGACACCUACGUCGUCUCCGUCCACCCCCACAACGAUCGCGGCUGCGCCGUGGCCGCCGCCGAGUUGGCCCAGAUGGCCGGCGCGCAGCGUGUCGAGGGAACUCUGUUCGGCAACGGCGAGCGUACCGGCAACGUCGACCUGGUCACCCUGGCCCUCAACCUCUACACCCAGGGUGUCUCGCCCCAGGUCGACUUCUCCGACAUCAACGCCGUCAUCAAGCUCGUCGAGGAAAGCAACAAGAUCCCCGUCAACGAGCGCUGGCCCUACGGUGGCCAGCUCGUCGUCUGCGCCUUCAGCGGCAGCCACCAGGACGCCAUCAAGAAGGGCUUUAAGCUGCGCGAGGACGGCCAGACCGCCGACGAGGAGACGGAGUGGACCAUCCCCUACCUGCCGCUGGACCCCGAAGACAUCGGCCGGAACUACGAGGCGGUCAUCCGCGUCAACUCCCAGAGCGGCAAGGGUGGUGCCGCCUGGGUCAUCCUGCGCAGCCUGGAGCUGGAUCUCCCGCGCGCCCUGCAGGUCGAGUUCAGCAAGGUCGUCCAGCGCCGCACCGAGGAGGUCAGCCGCGAGCUGCGCGCCGCCGAGAUCGUCUCUCUCUUCGAGGAGGCCUACCACCUCAAGUCCAACCCCCGCUUCAACCUGGUCGACUACAACAUCACCACCGAUCGCUCCACCUCGCCGGCCCCGCCCGAGCCGGGCAAGGCCCUCAACACCAAGAACCUGCGCCGGCGCUUCACCGGUGUCGUCGAGAUCGACGGCAUCCAGCACGCCAUCACGGGCGUCGGCCCGGGUGCCAUCUCCUCGCUGGCUCACGCCCUGGCCAACCUCGGCAUCGACUUGGACGUCGUCGACUACAAGGAGCACUCCAUCGGCAACGCCAAGGGUCUGGGUCGUGACGUGAAGGCCGCCACAUACAUCCAGUGCACGGCCGCCGGUAGCAAGGAGCAGGUAUGGGGUGUCGGUAUCCACCAGGAUGUCGUUCAAGCCAGUUUGAUCGCCCUCCUCAGCGCCGCCAGCUCUUUCCUCACCAGCCGCGCCGGCUCCCCCGCCCCCUUCCGCCCUCGUCGCUCCAACACCCUCACCGACGAUGACCUGCAAGCUCUGGAUCUCCUGAACCACGGCGGCAGCGGCAACGACGCCGCCGUAGCAGCCGCCAAGGCGGCCUGCUCCGGGUCCGCCAAGCCGCAGGUGAACAUCGAAGAGCUGACGCGACAAGCGGAGAAUCAGUAGGAGGUUUAAAUGAAACGAAACGAAAGGAUAAAAUGUGACGUUUUGGUGUCUUCUUCUUUUUUCUAUAUAUUUUGGUAGGAAUUUAAUAUCCAUUUCUU